UGUUUACAUUCUCAAUAAUGUGUUAAACAGAGCAUAAGAUUAUGUUUUUAUUCUUUGCUUUUUAACGACGAGGCAUAAUCGGUACAACCGCCCAGUUUAAUUCAGCACAAAUCACAGAAAGAUCUCAAUUUUUUUCCAAACGAGUGGAAGAGGAGGAGAAAGGUUUUACAUUUUCCAGAUCCCAUCAUUUAUUUACAACAUGGAUAGACUGGCGUCAUUUGGAAAUGAUCCUUUCGAUAAGCCUCCCUGUCGUGGAUGUUCGUCAUAUCUGGUGGAGCCAUACAUCAAGUGUGCUGAAUGUGGACCGUCCCCAUUUCUCCUGUGUCUGCAGUGUUUCACUAGAGGAUAUGAGUAUAAAAAGCACCAGAGUGACCACAAAUAUGAAAUCAUGACCUCAGAUUUUCCGGUGUUAGAGAGUGGCUGGACUGCACAAGAGGAAAUGGCUCUUUUAGAGGCCGUCAUGGACUGUGGGUUUGGGAAUUGGCAGGACGUGGCUUACCAGAUGCGCUCUAAAACCAAAGAAGAAUGUGAAGGUCACUACAUGAAGAACUAUAUCAACAAUCCUCUGUUCUCCUCCACUCUGCUCAGUCUCAGACAUAUGGAUGAUCAUCUGUCCCGGACAGCAGACACAGCCAUUCCCUUCAAGCCCACUGACGAUCCUCCAAGGCCUUCCUUCGACUCGCAACUGUCCAGAGAUAUGGCCGGAUACAUGCCAGCUCGAGCAGACUUCAUGGAGGAGUUUGAUAAUUACGCUGAAUGGGAUUUAAAAGAUAUUGACUUUGUCGAUGAUGAUUCUGAUAUCCUUCAUGCACUGAAGGUUGCUGUAGUGGAUAUUUAUCACUCCAGACUAAAGGAAAGACAGAGGAGAAAAAAGAUCAUUCGGGAUCACGGCCUCAUCAACCUACGCAAGUUUCAGAUUCUGGAGAGGCGUUAUCCCAAGGAAGUGCAGGACCUUUAUGAUGUCAUGAGACGCUUUGCCCGUGUGGUGGGACCAAUAGAGCACGACAAGUUCAUCGAGAGUCACACCUGUGCUAAAGUCUAUGAGCGAGUGAAACGCACACGAGAGGAUGAGCGCAGGAAGAGGAACAUGCUUUGUGACGUCCUGCAGUACAUUCAUGACACCCGCGCCUGCCAGCAGUGGCUGCACAAACAAGCUGCCAUUGACGCUGGAAUCGCGCCUGUGGUCAGCACUAUCAGCACCUCAGGCAGAAGAAGUGCCCCUCCACUAAACCUCACAGGCCUGCCGGGCACAGAGAAGCUCAACGAGAGAGAGAAAGAGCUGUGUCAGGUGGUGCGGCUGGUGCCCGGGGCGUAUCUGGAGUACAAACAAGCCCUGCUGAAUGAGUGCCGGCGGCAGGGGGGACUGAGACUUGCACAGGCCCGAUCGCUCAUCAAGAUCGACGUCAAUAAGACACGCAAGAUCUAUGAUUUCCUUAUCAAAGAGGGCUACAUCAAUAAGGCUUAGCGCUGAUUGAAGAGCUGAUGAGAGGUGGAGGACUGUAAGUGGACUCGUUCUGUGUUGGUUAUUAAUUCCUGACAGGUUUGAUGCUGAAAAGACUGAUUUGGUUGCGCAUGAAAGACGUGUGGUGUGGAGAAUCUGAUUGUUACGCAGCUCUAAUAUUAAGAGUUGUUUUUUUAUUUGUCUACAUGCCUUUGAUGUUGUUGAUUUAUUUUGUCUGUUCAAUUGCGUGAUGAAUAUUAUAAAGUGUUUUAAAAACA